CGGAAGGAGACAGUGGUGCACCAGCGAGCAUUUAUGGGAGAGAAGCCCUACAUCUGCAUCGAGUGCGGGCAAAGCUUCAACCGCAGCUCCGACCUGAUCCGCCACCAGAGGAUCCACACUGGGGAGAAGCCGUACGUGUGUGCUGACUGCGGCAAGAGCUUCAGCCGCCGCUCCCACCUCAUCCAGCACCAGCGAGUCCACACAGGUGAGCGGCCGUACCAGUGCAAGGACUGUGGGAAGAGCUUCAGCCAGAGCACCCACCUGGUGCAGCACCAGCGCAACCACACUGGUGAGAGGCCUUAUGUCUGUGCCAAGUGUGGGAGGAACUUCUACCAGAACUCAGGCCUGCUCCGCCACGCCAACUUUCACACAGGUGAGAAACCGUACAAGUGCCCCCAGUGCGGGAAGCGCUUCAGUGACAGCUCCAACCUCAUCGCCCACCAGCGUCUCCACACUGGUGAGAAGCCCUACAAGUGUGCUGAUUGCAACAAGUGCUUCAGUGAGAGUUCUAAGCUGGUCAUCCACCGGCGUGUCCACACAGGUGAGAAGCCAUACUUGUGCCCUGACUGUGGGAAGAGAUUCAGCCAGCGCUCACACCUUGUCCAGCACCAUCGCACCCACACUGGGGAGAAGCCCUACAAAUGUGCCGAGUGUGGGACCUGCUUCAGUGACAACUCUACCCUCAUCCGUCAUCGUCGUACCCACACUGGGGAGAAACCUUUCAAGUGCUCACACUGUGGAAAGAGCUUCAGUCGCAACUCCUACUUAGUCUCACACCAGCGGGUGCAUAUGGGAAAGAAACCCCUCAGAUGCUGUGACUGUGGAAAGGGUUUUGAUGGGAAUUCUGACCUGACUGCAAACCAGGUGGUUCACACUGGAGAGAAGCUUUAUCUGUGUGCUCCUUGUGGGAAGAUGUGGAGCCAGGAUUCAUCCCUUACUCAGCAUCAAUGA